AUGGCUUCCGUCGCAGUCACGGCCUUUGCCGCCUUAUCGUCCACUCCAAAAGUCGAAGAGGCCCUAUCGGGAAUCUUUGGCAGCAUCAGCUUGACCGCGUGGAUAUGCCUUCUCCUUCCCCAGCUCCUCACAAACUACAAGUCGCAAAGCGCUGAUGGCUUGUCCAUGGGCUUCCUGAUUAUCUGGUUGAUUGGCGACGUGACAAACCUCAUGGGCGCCCUCUUCACCCACCUCGCCCCGACAGCCGUCGCCCUCGCAAGCUACUUCUGCUUUGCCGACCUCGUCCUGAUCUCCCAAUGCGUCUAUUACAAUACCAAAAACACCCGCCGCGCAUCCUCCCGCCGCCGCUCCUCCGCGCCCGUCACAGCCACCGGCGCCAACCCGACCGAAGCCCGCGAGGACGAGCCGCUGCUCUCCUCCAGCUCCGCUCAGCGCCGACGUAGCUCGUCCGCCGCUGGUCUCCCGGGUUCCCAACGCCGUCACGGUCUCCACGAGGAGAGCUCGCUCGACCCCUUGCGCAAGAUGGUCACGGGCGAGGACGAUACGCCCGACAGCAACCCCUGGCUUCACAACACGCUGAGCAUCGUUGCGGUGUACCUCGUCGGCGCGGCGGGCUGGUUCCUGUCCUACAAGGCCGGCGCGUGGAACGCGCCCGACGUCCCGGGUGCCGGCUCUGAUGCCGGAUCCCCUGCGGCGGCGGAGGACGGCACCUGGGAGAAGAUUGGUCUGGCGCUGGGAUACUUUAGCGCGGUGUGCUACCUCUGCGCGCGCAUCCCGCAGAUUAUCAAGAAUUACAGGGAAAAGUCGUGCGAGGGCCUCGCGCUGUUGUUUUUCCUGCUGUCGCUUACGGGGAACUUGACGUACGGUGCGAGUCUUGUGGCGUUUAAGCAGGACCGGGCGUAUUUGCUGAAUGCGCUGCCGUGGUUGCUGGGUUCGUUGGGGACUAUGGUGGAGGAUUUUGUGAUUUUUGGGCAGUUUCAUCUGUAUGCGCCUAGGAGCGGGGGGAAGAGGGACGAUGAGGCAUAA